GGGCCAACAACAACAGAGGAUUGUAUGCUACUGAAGUGGAGUACUGUACGUCUUUCAAGUUGAAAACAGACACAAAAAUAAGUCUUACUAAGGCUAACCAGGUGCGGAAAAGAUGGAGGAGAACGAGGAGCAGCCAGACAAUGUUUCAGAGCUAAACCUGAAAGAGGAGCACUGCGAGGGAGAAAGCGUCAGACUUCACAUAGUGACGUGGAAUGUGGCCACUGCAGAUCCUCCAGAGGAUGUGACCUCACUUCUCCACCUGAACUCACCAAAAAGCGCCGACCUUUAUGUCAUUGGUCUGCAGGAAGUCUACUCAGGACCUGUAAGAUUUAUGACAGACAUGAUGUACGACGAUCCAUGGAGUCAAAAGUUUAUGUCCACUUUAGCACCAUUGAAUUAUAUAAAGGUGUCUUCAGUGAGAAUGCAGGGUCUGCUCCUACUCUUCUUCUCCAAACUGGAGCACGUUCCCUUCAUCAGAGAAAUCCAGGCAAAGUACACUCGUACGGGCUUGUUUGGUUACUGGGGUAACAAAGGUGGUGUGUCUGUUCGUCUGUCUUUUUAUGGCCACAUGCUCUGCUUCCUCAACUGCCACUUGGCUGCUCAUAUGAAAUACGCCACAGAGAGAGUGGAUGAGUUUGAGUACAUUGUGGAUACACAGAUGUUUGAUUGUAAGAAGGCUCCAAGAAUAAUUGACCACAGGCUGGUGUUCUGGUUUGGAGAUCUGAACUUCAGAAUACAGGACCACGGCAUGCACUUUGUUCGCUCCUGCAUCAACAAUCAAACCUACAACCUGCUGUGGAGCAACGAUCAGUUGAUCAUGUUGAAGAAAAAAGAAGAGCUGCUGCAGGAGUUUGAAGAAGGACCACUGAACUUCCAGCCCACAUACAAGUUUGACCUGAAGUCAGAUACUUAUGAUAGCAGGCUCCACAAGACAUGGUUUGACUAUAACAGUAAGAAGCGGAAACCUGCCUGGACCGACAGGAUUCUGUGGCGUGUGCUGCCCUCUGACAAACAGGAGGAGACCUCAGUGGGACUACAUGAAAAGACGAUUAAAGCGCAGGAUGAGGAGUACCCUCUGAAGCUCAGACAGGACUUGUACACCAGCAACAUGGAAUACAACAUCAGUGACCACAAACCUGUUAUUGGUGUCUUCACACUAAUGCUGAGGAAGAUGUUCGACACUCCUCUGGUGCGUCUGCAGGCAGAUGGUGACUGGAGCUCAGAUAUUGACGCCAUGGUUCUCUACAGUCCUCUCCAGCCGUUCCCCUCCAGUAACUGGGACUGGAUUGGACUCUAUAAGGUUGGAUUCAGCAGCUUCUCUGACUACAUCACAUAUACAUGGGUGAAAGAUGACGAGGUGGCUUUCAACGAGGAGUGGAUACAGGUGUUUGUUAGUAAAGAGGAUAUCCCUGUGAGAGGAGGAGAGUGUGUGCUGUGCUACUACUGUAACUCUCUGCAGAGCAUCAUUGGAAUCAGUCAACCAUUUACGGUUCAUGAGUCCAGGGUAGCAAUCGAGGAAGGCUUGCUUCCCGAGAGGAUCAAUGGACUUGACAAAACCACAGCGAGCAAAGAUUUUAAAAACUAAUCUUUCAGAGGUCAUUUAACUUAAAUCAAGCUGUUCAAUUCCUCAAACAAGCUUUUUUCUUUAAAUCCAUCUAAACAAGCAGCUAAAGAAGCUGUUUGCACCUUUCUUCAUCUCUGACUUCUCCAGUGAAGUGGUGCAGCUAUUUCUGUCACUUCAGUCAGUUCCAUUUUAAUUUACUGUUGCUCUUUAGGAUGAACCACCAAGUAUUCUACUUUUUGUUUUACUGUGUUAUGAAUGUUUGGCUGGUGAGAAAUAACUCAGAGAUGAUGAAAAGAUGCACAGUAAACAAUGUUGUCAGAUCUCAAGCAAGUAAUCUGCUCAGUGAUGAAGGAAAAUAUUUUUUAUAGGACUGCCUCCUUUUGUAGAUCAAACCCCUCCAAUCAACUUGACUUGACAGCCACAAAUUUAAAUUAGAAAAUGGGACCAGGUAAUGACCAAGACUCUUUGACCAUUGUGUUUAUUUGGCAUCAAGAUUAAAUCAGUUUUUAUGUAAAGAUUUUCACAGUUGAAAUUGAAGAAUCAGCAGCACUGCUUGCAUAAAAUAAACAAAAUAAACUGAGAUAUUUAGUUAAAAUGUGAACAAGAGCCUGGACAGGAAAUGCCUUUGUUACUGACUUAGCCCUGCUUGCCUCUGCUUAAAAUGAAGUUCAGUCACUGCAUGGUUCCAGGUCUUCACACAGUCAGUCUACGGUCAUUAUAGUCAGAAAGUAUCCAGAGCUUUGUAAACAUGGUAUUUUAUUGGGCUGAUUGUUGAAGACUAGCUGGUGAAAACAGUUUCGGUGGCAUUGAUUUCUGAGUGUUUACGACCAGCCAGCCAUUGGACAAUCUUUGAAAGUCAGCUUAUUUUCAACGUCAAUUCAUUUGAUUUAAUCAGGACAGCACGCAACUAAAACACAAAUGUAAAAACAUUUGAUGCAUUGCACCAGCCUUAGGCUAAAUUACAUCUGUAAAACCAUGGGCACGACUUCCCAAACCAUAUUCUGCAUUCACAUUAUUUCGAUGCCCACCUCCACCCAACCUUUGUACCCACCAUGAUAACUGCCUCCAUGUCUAUGACUUGAUUUACUUUUGCAAUAAAGCUAGCAAGUGUAGUUUUUGACCUGGACAGUGGAGUCUUGCACUCUCGAGACAGUUCUGCAGUACUUAUGAUGAUCUGUGACAACUUUGAGAGAAAAUGGGUUCCACUAAUCUUUUAUGAACAUGUCUAAAAUUCAAGUGACAAAAUGGCAAGUUUUGAAACUCACACGAUGAUCUUGAGAACUUCCACAAACGAUUCAAGACAUUUUGUGGACUCCCUUGCAAAUGUUCACAGACUGAUCUGCAGCUGCCAGCUGUAUAGAAGGGGAGAUGGCAGAGAAUAGACAGAACCAAUCCAUUCUUGACCAGUGAUGAGUAGUGUAUGUUCUCUCUGAUGGUCACUUCAUCUGUAACUGAUGUAGCCUUAAAAACACCUGGCAGUGCCAAAGACCUUUAUUUUAAUACGUCUAAGGGUUUUACUGGCUGAAAACAGAAUCCAUCAGGAAGAAGGUGAUGGAUCUUAGUCGUGUGGUGAUUCUCUUUACCUGCCGUCCUGAACCUGAACAUACUGUUGUAAAGUUUACACUGGAUCUUUUUAUGCUUUGAAAAAAAAAAACAAUAAUAAUGUUGUAUUUGAAAUGGGCUGGUGUGGAAAGCUGUGUGACAUUUUUAGUUUGUUUUGUUGUCUCUGUAUUUUAUUAAAGGCCAGUGGUUUCUUGAGAACAUGAAGACAUAACUAAAUUGCAUCACUUGUGAGGAACUGAUGGCUUUAGGCUUAUUGAAUUUCUGACUCUACAGAAAUUUCCUUUAAAUGUUGAUCCUGGUGUCACAGACACCUUCAAGUAAUAUUGCACUGUUUAAUGCAUCCAUGUGUUAUCAAAAUAAUAUAUUUUAUCAACCUUUUUGUGUUCAGCAAGUGCCUUAAAAUGAUUGUCUGAACUGAACUGUAUGCUGCUUACUGUAUAGCUUGUGCUUUUGUCUUGACAUUUCUUUUUUUUUUUUUCUUCUAUAGAUUUGAAAUAUCUCUGUUCUGAACUUUGACAAACGAUGUUUUGAUGGAUGUUGGCUUAAGUUAUUUUAUUAGGUAAGAUUGUCACUGUUUUUGAUUAAAUGACACAGAACUAAUGUACUGUAACAAAAUAUUAAAGAAGUCUCAUUAA